AUGAGCUGCAAUGGCUGCCGAGUCCUUCGCAAGGGCUGCAGCAACGAUUGCACCCUUCGACCCUCACUUCAGUGGAUCAAAUCCGCCGAAUCACAGGCCAACGCCGCCAUCUUCCUCGCCAAGUUCUACGGCCGAGCCGGCCUCCUCAACCUCAUCGACGCCGGCCCCUCUCAUUUACGCUCCGAGGUUUUCCGGUCGCUGCUUUACGAUGCCUGCGGUCGGAUCAUCAACCCAGUUUACGGCUACGCCGGCCUGAUUCGCGCCGGCGGCUGGCAGCGCUGCCAGGACGCCGUCGACGCCGUCCUCCGCGGCCGCCCGAUCGAGGGCGCCGCCGCCCCAUGCGGCAUUCGCCACGUCUCCACCGGCUCGGGGGCGCGGAGGCGGGGCAAGGGGCCUGCCAAAGGUGCGGUGAGGCUGGCGGAGGAGGAGGAGGAAGAAGAGGAGCCGAGGUUCACCAUCACGGGGUGGUCCGGCGACCGGGAGUACGGCGUGCUGGAUUUCGCGCCGAGGGCGGUGGAGAGGGCGGCGAGCCACGACUCGUUCUCGGUCGAGACGGUGGAGCCGAGCUUGGUGGUGGGCCGGGUCGGGAGGACUGAUCGGGGGGUCGGGCUGGCGGCUCAGCCCGAGGAGAUCGGGCUGGAACUGACCUUGGGCCGGGAAUCGGGCCGGUUUGUAUAG